AUGAGCAAUUCUACAAACAAACAAUUGGCAAAAGAACAUUCAUUAGAUAUACCUCAUAUAUCAUGUAUUGAAUUUCCUUUAAAAGUUAAAAAUGUUGAUAAAGCAUUUAAUAUGGUUGGUGGUAAAGAAAAAAUUAUACAAUCAUGUCUUGAUAAUCAAAUCCCUUUAGAACUUAGAUUAACUAAAAAUUUAUAUGAACAUCCUAUAAAUGCUAAAACUAAUGCCAAUGAACAUCUUUUAAUUAAAAUUUCAAUUCCUAAAAGGGAAUAUAAAGAAAAUAAUUUUAAUAUUCAAAAAACUUUACAAAAUUUACAUUCAAAUGGUAAAAAAAAUGUUCAUAUAACACCAAUUGCAAUUAUAAAUAAAACUUUUAGAUUUAGAGAAAUGUCUGAUUUCCAAUAUCAAGUUAAAAAUUCAAAAUUUGUUAAACAAGUUAAUGAAUCAAUUCAUGAUUUAAAUUUUGAAAAAAUUAAAAAUUUAAAAUUUGAACAAGAUACUAAACCAUGGGAUUUUGAUAAUAAACAACAAAAAUUAUUUGAUUUACCUCCACCUCCAAGAUUCAGUUCCAUACCAUUACCAUUCAAUUAUAAUUAUAAAAAAAAUGCCUUGACUGUGGUUAAAGAAGGUAAAUUAGUUACUAGAAAUAAAAGUAUAAAAUUACAUUCAAUAAUUAUAAAAUAUUCAGAUCCAACUCCACAAGAAUCCUCAAAAGAAUUACAAUCUCAAUUAGAAACAUUCCAAUCUCAGAGAGAGAAUCCAUUUUAUAAAGAUAUUUUAUUAACAUUAGAUAUAAUUAUUAAAUUAUUUGAAGAAAAACCAAUAUGGUUAAGAAAACAUCUUGAAUCUAUAUUACCAAUUCAUUUAAAACCAUUAUUAAAAUUCGCCCUUCCACAAAUUUCAUAUACUUUUACUAAAGGUCCUUGGAGACAAUCAUAUAUAAAAUUUGGUAUUGAUCCAAGAAUUUUACCAAAUUUAAGAAAUUAUCAAACUGAAGUAUUUAGAAUUCCAAAUUUUAGAACAAACAUACCUAAAGGGUUCAUGACUGAUAUACCAAAUUCUACACCAAGUGUUUUUAAAUUUGAUGGACAACAAUUACCAAUGUCUUUAACUUUCCAACUUGAAAAUUUAAUUGAUACUGAUGUUGUUAUAUUAUUAUCUAAAGCUAUUAUAAAUAAAGAAUGUGACUUUUAUGAUGGUUGGUUUGAUAAAUUAACAAUGUUUAAACUAAGAAGAUUAAUGAGAUAUAAAUUAAAAAUGGUUGUGGAUGGAUUAACUAUGAAUUCUGAUAAAUUACAUCAUAUUUUACAUAAUUUACAAUUACAAGAAGGUAAAGAUAAUGAAGAUGAUGAAGAAGAUGAUGAAGAUGAAGGAAAUGAUCAAAAUGAUGAUGAUAAUGAUGAAGAUAAUGAUGAUGAUGAAUUUGAAGAUUAUGAACUUGAUUUAAAAAAUGCAAAUUAUGAUGAAAUUUUAAAAUAUAUUGGUCGUUUUAAUGGUAAAGGUGCUGAAAAAUUGAAAGAAUUAAGUAAUGUUCUGAAACAAGAUGAUAUUGAUAUAUAA